AUCUUCGUCGGAAGGUUUUCUUUCUGUAAUAAUUGCGUUAUUCCGGUGAUAAACAAAAUUAAUCGAUCCAAAUAAACAUUUCUUUCUGUAAUAAUUGCGUUAUUCCGGUGAUAAACAAAAUUAAUCGAUCCAAAUAAACAAAACAUGGCUUAAAAGUGCUUUCGUCUGUUAUCCUAACCCAGUGAUUUUCGAAAAUGGGACAUUAUCCGUGUUAAGUGGACUCUACCAUGUAUCAGGAUGAGAGCUCCUGACAGCUGAAUAGCUUUAUUUGUAAAAAGUGCAAUAGGUCGAUGCAAAAUGUUUUCUAAAUCACAGACAAGUAAGGAUACGUUUCUGGAGCAAACGAAGGCGGCGCGGGAGGAACGGGCGCUGGAGAAGAAGCGUGAACAAUCUGCGGUGAAGAUACAGGCACUCAUCCGCGGCUGGCUUUCGCGACAACGGUUCAUCAAACUCAUUUUAGAUGAGUUUGACCAAAUCCUCCCAGAGGCAGCAAGCCAAUCGGUCGAGGAGCCUGCUCAGCCCCCUGAACUAAUCCCUGCACUGGAAGUGUACCGUGUGACAUGCCGGUUGUUCCUUGUCUUCAGCCAGAAGAGAGACCGCAAGAGAUUCGAGAAACUCUGUAAAUACAUUGUGCAAAGCUUGCACUCUGAGUCUGUGAAGCUGUCUUACGUGGGGGUCUUCUUAAAUAAAGAGUACAGCUUACGAUGGAUCACCCACAUCAAGGACCUACUGUACAAAUGCUGCCUGUACCUGGAGGAGCUGAAGCCAGAGUCCCCGAUGGACACACAGAGCAUCCUCAUCCACCUCCACACCCUGGUGGAGUUCACAGCCACCAACACCUGGGCACUCACCCGACUAAAGAACUUCGACAAGCUACGCGGAGGCAUGACACAACUUUGUGCAAAUGUCAUGGGUUCUUUGUUCCAUAGGGGAUAUUACUUAACUUUAAAGUCUCUCCUGCUCCGCGGGCUGUGUCGCGAGAAGGUGUGUCUCAAGAACAUAGCAUUAGCAGCGGUGGUGACCCUGUCGCUGCGGCCGCUGGUCUCCGCGCAGUUUUCCGAGAAGCUGCUCACCAUGUACAUCAUACAGAUACUGUCAGUGCCUACGCUCGUCUACCACAUGCAUCAGAUAUCGCCUGAGUCAAUAACGACGUUCCGCUCGCACUCGAUGUUCGACAAGUGUGUGGAGUUCCUGAGCACAGACCAGAACAUGCGCAUAGUGUUCAACACGCUGGAAGGCAACUACGCUCUGUGCCUGCUGGCUAACUUGGUGCAGCUGUCCCAUCUAGAACGCGAGUAUGCGCUACCUGACACUUACUACCCUACUUUUGUGCUGGUGGUGACGCGUUUCCUGGACUCGUGCCAACAAUACGUGGUCUGCAAGAAGGGCAACCUCAGCAACUGGCACCCGAUCCUCGGCUGGUUCUCUCAGAGCUUCGACGCGUACCUCCCUCCGGCUAUGGGCAACCUUCGCAACCAACUAUCCUUGCUCUGGGGUGCGCCAAUGUUGAAGAAACUGUUAGCUACACCGUUGAAGGAGAUGAUAGAUGCAGGAGUCACCGGCGAAGAGGGCGCCGGGCCAUCGCAGCCGUCCACGCCAGUGCAGAGUAAUAACCCAGCAGCUAUAAUACGCAGGGCGAUAGAGGCUAGGACUAACAGAGCGAAUGCACAUAAAAAUUAUAGAAAAUUAGGAUCUCCAGAUUGUACGAAAGCGGCUCUGAUCUGCUCCAUGUACCAUACGGCAUUGCAGACUAUGACUCAAGUUAAACUUGAUAUAUUAACAGGUUUAUGCAAUCAAGAUGAAAUACUAUACUCGUUGUGGCAAUUCCUAUGUACGUUGGGACCAAACUGCGGGCUGAAGUCGUUCCUUGAUCUCCUAGCUGUAAAUACGAAGAGUUCCGCGCCAGAGUUCCAGAUGCUGAUACUCUUCGCUGACUGCAUGACGCAUUACGUUACUAUAUUAGACGACAUGGAAAUGUACGAGCAACAAAAUCCGUUCAAGUUGCAAGAUUUUAUUAAUAUGUCGCAGUUUCUUAAUUUAUUUGUUUACAAGUCAAUUAUGGGACAGUUAUUUGAUCUCAAAAACAUCCAAAGCAACGAGCUGUUCAGCUCGCUGCACACGCUGCUGCUGGUGCUGUACCGGCGCGACUGCCGCCGCCCCUACACGCCGCCCAACCACUGGCUCGUGCGCGACAUACGCGACGCGCAGUUCAUGUGCGACCUCGAGAAGGGGAAGAAGCCGCAGCAGGUGCUUGUACAAAAAACGCCACAUAUGAUCGCGCACGGAGAACGCGUCAGACUGUUCAGGCGAGCCGUUGCCGAUGAAAAAGUGGUAUUAGGCCUGACAGAGCGCGCAUGCGGCGGUCGGUCGACGCUAGUGACAGUGCGCCGCGCGCGGCUCGUGGAAGAUGGCUACCGACAGCUGGCAGCGUUGCCCAGUCGCGCGCUCAAGGGAGUCGUGCGCGUGCGCUUCAUUAACGAGCAGGGACUCGAUGAGGCCGGCAUCGAUCAGGAUGGUGUUUUUAAAGAAUUCCUUGAAGAGACGAUAAAGCGCGUGUUCGACCCGUCACUGAACCUAUUCCGCGUGACGAGCGAAGAGCGACUGUACCCGUCGCCCACCUCUUGCCUGCAGGAGAACCACCUGCAGCUCUUCGAGUUUAUCGGACGCAUGCUCGGCAAGGCGGUUUAUGAGGGGAUUGUGGUGGACGUGCCGUUCGCGUCGUUCUUCCUGAGCCAGGUGCUGGGGCAGACGCAACAGGCGCUCUACAGCUGGAUCGACGAGCUGCCGUCCCUCGACAGAGAUCUCUACCGGAGUCUUACAUACAUCAAGCACUUCCAGGGUGACAUCUCGUCCUUAGAGCUAACGUUUUCCGUCGAUGAAGAAAGAUUGGGUGAAAUUGUCACUCACGAAUUAGUACCCGGUGGUAAAGCUAUCCCAGUCACCAACGAAAACAAAAUAAACUAUAUCCAUCUGAUGGCCCACUUCAGAAUGCAUACUCAAAUAAAAGACCAGACGAACGCAUUCAUCAAGGGCUUCAGGACAAUUAUCAACCCUGAAUGGCUGUCUUUGUUUUCUACUCCUGAGUUGCAACGUUUAAUAAGCGGGGACAAUGUCCCCCUAGAUCUACGGGACCUGCGCCGGCACACGCAGUACUACGGCGGGUUCCACGACUCGCACCGCGUCGUCUGCUGGCUGUGGGACGUACUGCAGCGGGACUUCAGCGAAAAUGAACGCGCCAUGUUCCUCAAGUUCGUCACAUCGUGUUCGAAACCACCUGUCCUUGGCUUUGCUCAUCUGAAACCGCCAUUUUCAAUCCGCUGCGUCGAAGUUGGUGAUGACGAAGACACGGGAGACACUAUAGGUAGCGUGAUUCGAGGUUUCUUUACAAUCCGGAAGAAGGACCCUUUGAACCGACUGCCGACCUCUUCAACAUGCUUCAACCUCCUCAAGUUGCCCAACUACCAGAAACGAAGCACGCUGCGAGACAAGCUCCGAUACGCCGUCAACAGCAACACAGGAUUUGAACUAUCGUAGUUUGCUAUUAUCAAGAGUACACUCGUGUUUGCCUCAUAUUUAUUAUUACGUCUGCUCCUUCUCGGCGUGUGUCCAAGGCAAGGAGACAAGUGAAUUACGACCUGUUUAAAAGAACUGAAAUGUUGAACGAAACUACGAAGCAUUUUCAACAUACGUUAUCAACAGUCGCGUGUGGUGCUACAAAUGAGGCGUUGCAUUUUUUUUACAUCAGUCACACGUCUUUCUCAUCUUCAGGCGAUGUACAAUUACUUGUUUGUAAUAGAUUUAAAAUGGUGUUCUUUCGAUAUUUUAAAUUAAAUAGUUUUUAUACUCGAUGUUCAAAAAUCCAAAGUUAUAAACUACAGAUUUGAACGUCAUGAUAUACCAAGGAAAAUUAUUUUAGCAGUUAAACUUAAAAUUAUUUAUGUAAUUAUUUUAGGUUCUAGUUUAUGGACUGCAUUUCUAAAUUUAAAAUUAGUAAGAGGCUUGGUGUUACCGAUAAUAUUUUUAUGUAUUUCAAGGGCACUUUUAGUCAUGUACACUUAAAUAAUUAUUAAAAAAACGGCGAGACAAUUUCAAGUUGUUUCUUUGGCGUGGCCAGUAACUCGCAUUAGUUUGUGCUAUUUCUGUUAUAAACUUACUAUAAAAGCUAACGCUAAACGGAAAAAUACUCAAUAAAUGAAAAAUUAAUAACGAAAAAACUGGUUACUUGUGUUACUUAAGUGCAGACUUAUUUUUGGUAUUCAUGAAAAGUUAGUUUAGAUUAUCUUUGUUGUUGUAUAGUUUCUCUACGUUACGAUAUACUAAAUUACUGAUACAUAUUAUCAUAAUAUAAUAUGUAUAAUUUACGCUGUAUUGUACAUACAUUUAUAGCUCGUUUGAAAACUUAGAGAUUUUGUCAUAAAUAUAUUUAUUAUUGCGUAUAAUUGUUAUACUGUGGCUAUUUUAUGUAAGCUCUUAUCGUGAAAAUCACUUUGAUAUGCAUAGAAAACGAUAAUUUUCACGAUUAAAGCUACAUUAAAUUAAAAAUUUCCACGAUACAAUGUAAAUUAAUAUAAAAUGGAAUUCUAAACAUCUCAAUCCAGUCCAAUGUAUAACUAUGUGUAUAUAGACAAUAACGUGCUAGUUUUGUAAUGGAUUUGUAUUUAUUUAUCCCUUUGUAUGUAUAGUACAAAUAAAUACAGUUUGUAAUGUAAAAAUAUUUUUGGUCAUAGUUUAGUCGGCCUAGACUUCCGUGUCCCAGGCCUGUAUGUCUACAACAGUAGCUUUUUUCAAGGAAAUAUAGUAGUUUUUACUUAAGUCGAUUGUACACGCAAAUCAAAAUACCCAACCCAAAUUUAAUUGACUUCUAAAUUGUUUGCAAUCUCCAUAAUAAAAUAACAUUUUGUCAACCUGUUAAAAUUUAGAAGUAUAGUUUAUUUUUAAAUAUUUAUUUUCCUGAAGUAAAGUUAUCUUUCGUUAUUUUUAUAGUGCAAUUACUUUUACAACUAUUUAGGACCCUACUUAUAGUAAAGAUACCUUACGGUGAACAAAGAAUAGUAUUUUGUAGCGAUGUGUCCUUUAUGGUUUUGAUUGGUAACUUUUAGAUAUUUACGAUUAAUAUACAUAAACAUGGAUCAGCAUAUUAAGUAAUAUUUUAUACUAGCCACGUAAAUAUGUUGUAUAACACAAUGUGAUUCUCUGUGAUAAUAUAAUUGAUAUUUAUUAAAUA